GCCCCAUGUACGUUCCGCCCGAGUUCCGCCUCGACGACCCCGCCGCGAUCGACGAACUGCUGCAGGCCCACGACUUCGGCCUGCUGGUCACCGCCGGGCCCGCGGGGCCGGAGGCCACCCACCUGCCCUUCGUCUACGAUGCCGCGCGGCGGCUGGUCGAAGGCCACCUCUCGCGCGGCAAUCCCCAGUGGCGCAGCCUGGAGCGCCUGGCGGCCGAGGGCGGGCAGGCGCUGCUGAUCGUGCAGGGCCCGCACGCCUACGUCUCGCCGCGCUGGUACCAGCGGCCCGCCGCGGUGCCGACGUGGAACUACCUGGCCGUCCAUCUCUACGGCACCCCCCGCCCGGUGGCCGAGCGCGACCGCCUGACCGCGCAGCAGCGCCGCCUGGCCGCCCGCUACGAGGACUCGGCGGCCUGGAGCCUGGAGUCGGUGGCGCCGGACGACAUGGACCGGCUGAUGCGCGGGAUCUACGGCUUCGAGCUGCCGAUCGCCCGGCUGGAAGCCAAGGCCAAGCUCAGCCAGAACAAGACCGCCGCCGACCGCGCCGGCGUGGCCGCCGCCCUGGAGGACCGCCCUGUCACAAACUCUUGGCACGCCGGCCGCCGCUGGCGGCGCUGGCGCCGCUGGCGCCGCUCCGCAGAGACGGCUACCCUGGCCGGCAUGAGCGAGUCCCCCGAAGAUCCGCCGUCCGCCUUCCGGCGGCGCCGGCGCCUGUCGUCCGGCUCGCGCGGCUGGCUGCUGGUCACCCUGCUGCUGGCGGCGCUGGGGGUGGCGACGCUGUUCGCCGGCGGCGAGCGCCCGGGCCAGGCCGAGGGCAUCUGGACGCCCGGCCUCGACCUGCAGGCGCAUCGGGCCGGCCGCGGCCUGCGGCCGGAGAACACCCUGGCGGCGGUGCGCCACGCCCUGGAGACCGGCGUGACCACCCUGGAGCUGGACCUGGGCCUGACGGCCGACGGCGUGGCCGUGGUGCUGCACGACCGCCGCCUGAACCCGGAGAUCACCCGCACCGCGGAGGGCACCUGGCUGGUCGAGCCGGGGCCGCCGGUCCACCGCCUGACCCGCCGGGCGCUGGCCGCCUACGACGUCGGCCGCGCCCACCCGGAAAGCCGCACCGCCGAGCGCUUCCCGGAGCAGCAGCCGGUCGAGGGCGCGCGCAUCCCGACGCUGGCCGAGGUCUUCGCCCUGGCCGAGUCGCUGUCGGACGGGCGCAUCCGCUAUAACCUGGAGACCAAGAUCGCGCCGGACGAUCCGGCCUCGCCGGCGCCCGAGGCGAUCGUCGCCGCCGUGCUGCGGGACAUCGCCGCGGCCGGCGUGGCGGCGCGGACCACGAUCCAGUCCUUCGACUGGCGCAGCCUGGCGCUGGUCCAGGCCGAGGCGCCGGAGAUCGCCACCGCCUACCUGACCGCCGAGCGGCGCUGGCUCGACAACCUGCAGCGCGGCCACCCAGGCCCCUCGCCCUGGACCGCCGGCGUCGACCUCGACGCCUACGCCGGCUCCGUGCCGGCGGCGGUGGCCGAGGCCGGCGGCCGGAUCUGGUCGCCCUACUACCGCGACCUGCGCCCGGGCGACGUGGCCGAGGCCCAGCGCCUGGGCCUGGCGGUGAUCGUCUGGACGGUGAACGACCCGGCCGACAUGGCGCGACUGAUCGAGGCCGGGGUCGACGGCCUCAUCACCGACUAUCCCGACCGCCUGCGCACCGUGAUGGCCGAGCAGGGGCUGGCGCUGCCGCCCGCCUUCGCGGCCGAGGCCGACGCCGGCGAGUGA